AUGAAUGGUACAAGGCUCACUUGGUCGUCUGUGGAGACUAACAAUGUAUCAGACCUUCCACUCAUGCCAGGGUUGUGUCAACACCAUUCGAAAUGGAAGGUAACGAUACGGCACGGCGCUGAGCCAAACGUAUACAUCGAGACCAAAAAGGAUGGUGACUUUGACAGAAAUGAGGACUCGUUUGUGUGCGAUGAGCUCGAACAUCUUAAUCGAGGGCGUGUCUGA